ACCAAACUUGUGUACUGGAUCAUGGGAAGGCGCCCAUUGGACUGUUAAAUUAGAAACACAGAUUUUGAGGCAACCAACUACGUCCCCAUUGAUAAACCCUCGUGUCUCAGCGUCAGAGCUUCAAUGGCUUCCGCUCUUAUGAUCCGAGUCUGACUCCAAUCCUGCAAAAGAUAUGACUUCGGAGACCGGGGCCUCAUCGGGUCCGACGACCCGACGCUUAUCCUGCACCACCUGCUUCGACGCCCUCUGGUUUUGCUACUCACCAGUUCAUCAGAUGCAGCAGUAUUAUAGGCUUGGCGUCCUUGAUAACUGUUCAGAGAAAUGGAAUGCUGUUUUGGAUUGUCUAAAUCUUAAGACAAAACGAUCUACAGAGGUGCAGGAAAUUCUAGAAACUCGUGAGAAAGCCAAGUCCCACAUCUGGACUUACCGAACACAAGAAGAAGCAUCAUCUAACUGGAAAGAACAAUUCGGACAUUUGGAUGAAAUGGAGUGAGAGAGAUCGAAUUCCACAUGCACAAUUCUGGUACUCCAUUUUUUUAUAACUAUACACUGAAUGUCUAGUGAUUUGAAAACAAAAUGAUUUAGAUAAGAAAGGGAAGAGACCGAUUCUCACAAAUCACAUUUUUUUGUCUAAUUCACCUGGUUCUUUAUAAGCGAAUUAUUUUCCUAGUUGUCGUUUUUGCUGGUUAAGAAUUAUAUAUACUUAUUUGGGCUCAAGAAUUGAAUAGCUCAUGUUAGU